AGGUGAGGACAGGUGAGGACAGGUGAGGACCGGUGAGGACAGGUGAGGACUGCAGGUGAUUCUUCAGCCUGGAGAAAGAAUCCAGCAGCAGCUGAUUCAGGGAUCAGGAUUAUUCUGUGAGCUGCCAUCAACUGCAGAUUUGCCUUUCAGUGAUUGAGACGCCUCAUCAGAGUGUGCCUGGCCACCAGUCUGUUCUGGUCCAUCAGCACCGAAUCUUCACUCCAUGAAUAUAGAUGACCAGCAGGUAAUUUUGAUACAAUCUAGACUGAAACUAUGGCCUCUGCAUCAUCAGUGUCUGAGCUGAGGAUCAUUCUGCUGGGAAACAACUGGUCUGACAAAUGUUCAGUUGCAAACUUGAUUCUGGGAAAUUCUGCCUUCAACCCUCAKCAGGAACCCAGCUCCUCUAAGACAGCCAACAGAUUGAUCGGAAUGACAAAAGUAGUUUGCAUCAACACACCGUCAGAUCUGCUCCAUGCUGAGGUUCCUCCAAACAAGCUCCAAAAACAUGUGGAGUACUUUGUGAGUCUGUCAGAUCCUGGACCUGAGGUGUUCCUGGUGGUUGUGCAGCCUGAUGUCUUCACUGAGGACAACAAGCAGAAACUCUGCUCAGUCCUCGAACUGUUCAGAGCCCGCUCCUUUGACCGGACACUGGUUCUGACUCUAACACCCAAACAGAACGCAACAAGUUUCUGCAAACCUUUACAAGACCUGAUCAAAAGGUGCAGACAUCAGAUUUUCAGUUUGAAGACCCAAGAUCCUUCUGAGCUGCUGAAGAGUUUGUAUGAAAUCGUAGAGACGAACACGGACAGACCUGUGUCCUCUGACCAGCCACCCAGCCGAGUCAGGAAAGAACUGCCUAACCCUCCAGGAUCUGCUCCAAAUGUUGUUACUGCAUCAUGAUUUUAGGAAAAAGUCAACUCAUGAAGACACAACUCAGCAACUUUAUCACAACAAAAAAUUCCAAGUUUUCAGGUUCAGGCGAACCGGUCAAAGAGGGUCUAUGGAAUGGAAAAUUCUUAUAUGUAGUGGAAGCUCCAGAAAGUCCGUCUCCAAGAGUCAUGAGAGAAGAGCUGAAAAAGUGCAUAAGUCUUUGUCCUUCUGGACCAAAUGUUCUGCUGCUGUUAGUGAAGCCCUCAGACUUCACAGAGAAGGACAGACACACACUGAGGUCCACACUGAGUCUGUUUGGUAAAAAGGCUUUCAAGCACUCAAUGGUCAUCAUGACACAAGAAGGAAAACACACAAGUUUCUCUGUGAAUUCACUCAUCACAGAAUGUGAGGGAAGACAAUACAACACAUUUGGAAAUGACCACAGAGGGUUGAUGGAAAAGAUCGAGGGUAUUGUGACAAAAACCAGAGGUGCCGUCUUGACCAUCAAAGAUCAGUCAGCAGAACCAAAGUCUGACCAGAUGAGACCAGCUUUAAACCUGGUCCUGGUUGGGGACAGAAAAAGGAAGACUUCAGCAGCUGAAGCUAUAUUAGAUCAGACAGAUCUUCCUCCAGCCUCCAGCCCAUCAGAGUGGGUUAAACAUGAGGCAGAGGUGUGUGGACAUCAGGUUUCUGUGCUACAGAUGCCUCCUCUGUACGACAAACCACCUGAGGAAGUGAUGGAGGAAACCCUCAGGUGUGUCUCCCUCUGUGAUCCUGAGGGGGUCCAUGCCUUCAUCCUGGUCCUACCUGUGGCUCCCCUCACUGAUGAAGACAAGGGAGAGUUACAAACCAUCCAGGACGCAUUCAGCCCUCGAGUCAAAAACUUCAUCAUGAUUCUGUUCACUGUGGACUCAGAUCCUGCAGCUCCAGCAGUCCUUAACUUUAUAAGAAGAGACAAGAACAUCCAGGAGCUCUGUCAGAGCUGUGGAGGAAGAUAUUUUGUUCUUAAUGUCAAAGACAAGAAGGAAACAUCUAAAAUGAUCCAAUAUGUGGAGAAAAUGAGACAGAGCACAGAUGAGCAGCACAGCUACACAACAGAAUCACUCACACAAGCCUACAUGGAUGAAACCAUCCAACUAAAGAAAGAAAUCAGCCUUCUACAAGCAAAACUGAAAGCCGGAGGUAAAGCUACUGGUGUUGAAGAGCAGCAGAGACCAGAGAGUCUCAGGAUUGUUCUGAUUGGGAAGACCGGCAAUGGGAAGAGUUCAUCAGGAAACACUAUUUUAGGAAGACGUGUAUUUGAAGCCAAACCAAGUCAAAGAUCUGUCACCAAGCACUGUCAAAAACGACACAGUGUGGUGUACGGUCGUCAUGUUUCUGUUGUGGACACUCCUGGUCUGUUUGACAGCACUUUGUCUACUGCAGAAGUUAAUAAAGAAAUGUUGAAAUGCAUCAGUCUUCUGGCUCCAGGACCACACGUCUUCCUGCUGGUGAUACAGAUCGGCAGAUUCACAGAAGAAGAAAAGCAGACACUCAAACUUAUAAAGGAGGGUUUUGGGAAAAAAUCAGAUUCAUUCACCAUUAUUCUUCUUACAAGAGGAGAUGUACUAAAACAAAAUAAUCAGUCCAUUGAAGAUUACAUUGAAAAGGAAUGUGAUGACUCCUUUAAAAAUCUUAUUGAUGACUGUGGAGGAAGAUACCAUGUGUUUGAUAACAAUGAUAAGACAAACCGAGCACAAGUCAUGGAGCUGUUAGCUAAGAUUGAAACCAUGGUGAAGAAAAAUGGAGGCAGCUGCUUCACCAGCCAGAUGCUGCAGGAAGCUGAUGAUGCCAUAAAGAAAGAAACAAAGAGAAUCCUGCAGGAAAAAGAAGAAGAGACAAAGAAAAGUAUUAAGGAACUGGAAACCAGACAUCACAAAGAAAAGGAGGACAUGGAAAGAAAAAUGAGAGAGCAGAGAGCAAAAACUGAACAAGAGAUUAAACAGAAAGACAUGAAAAUCAAGGAAAUGAUGGAAAAAAUCCAGGAGGUGAGAGAUGAAAAGAAGAAAGAACAAGAAAGAAGACAGGAAGAAGAAACCAAGAGGAAGCGUGAGAAGCAAGUUUUGGAGGAAGAGUUUGCAGCAUUGAAGAAAAACAAAUCAGAAGAGGAGCUGUUGAUGCGCAAAGCAUCCAUCAGGAUGCAACGUGAAACUCUGAAGAAACAAAGGAAAGUCUUAAAGGAGAAACGAAAACAAGAAGAUGAACAGAGACAACAGAAAGAACAAAGACUGCUGAAAGAAUAUGAACAGGAAAAACAGGAAUUUGAAAUGAAAAAGAGAGAGCAUGAAAUCAGGAAAGAAAAGGAGAAGAAGGAAAUUGCAGAGCUGCAAAAAAUCUAUGAAACAAGAAUUAAAACACUAAAAGAAACUCAUGAGGAUGAAGCAAGAAAAAAAGCUGAGGAACUGAAUGAAUUCAAAGAGAAAUACCUCAAAGAGUUUACAGCUCAGAGAGAAGAGUAUGAGAAACAACUGAAAGAUAAAGAUGAAAAGUAUGAUCUGCUGCAGGCGCUCAAAGCCCACAAUGAAAAACAAACCAGAGAUAAGCACAAAGAGGAAAUCAAUGCGCUGGUCCAAUGUGUGACAAAUAAGAAAGAGAACUUGAAAAAAAUCAAAGACAUGCUAAUAAGACAUGAGACCCAAACAAAACAAGUGAAAUCUCAGGAGGAGAUGGAAAACCUGCAGAGAAUUCAUGACAGAGAAAUAAGUGACUUGGUUCAGCAACUUCUGAAGGAAAGUGAUUCAAAAUCUUCCUGUUCCAUUCAGUGAGGAUUGAUCCAGAACUGAACAGAUCAUUAUAGACCACACUGGACUUCUGGAUCAGAUCACCUUUAUUCUAAAUGUUGGAUGGAUAAUGGAAGGAUGAUGGAUGGAUAAUGGAUGGAUAGAUGUA